AUGGCGGUGUCGGAGAGCCAGCUCAAGAAGAUGGUGUCUAAGUACAAAUACAGAGACCUAACUGUACGUGAAACUGUCAAUGUCAUUACUCUGUACAAAGAUCUCAAACCUGUAUUGGAUUCAUAUGUUUUUAAUGAUGGCAGUUCUAGGGAACUAAUGAACCUCACUGGAACAAUUCCUGUGCCUUACAGAGGUAAUACGUAUAAUAUUCCAAUAUGCCUAUGGCUGCUGAACACAUACCCAUAUAACCCCCCUAUCUGUUUUGUUAAGCCUACUAGUUCAAUGACUAUUAAAACAGGAAAGCAUGUUGAUGCAAAUGGGAAAAUAUAUCUCCCUUACCUGCAUGAAUGGAAGCAUCCUCAGUCAGACUUGCUGGGGCUUAUUCAGGUCAUGAUUGUGAUGUUUGGAGAGGAGCCUCCUGUCUUCUCUCGUCCUACUGUGUCAGCAUCCUACCCACUGUACCAGGCAACUGGGCCACCAAAUACCUCCUACAUGCCAGGCAUGCCCGGUGGAAUCCCUGCAUACCCAUCCGGAUACCCUCCCAAUCCCAGUGGUUACCCUGGGUGUCCAUAUCCAGCAGGUGGGCCAUACCCUGCCACGACAAGUUCCCAGUACCCUUCCCAGCCUCCUGCGACCACUGUGGGUCCCAGCAGAGAUGGCACCAUCAGUGAGGACACCAUCCGGGCCUCUCUCAUUUCAGUAGUCAGUGACAAACUAAGAUGGUGAAUGAAAGAAGAAAUGGAUCGUGCCCAGGCAGAGCUUAAUGCCUUAAAACGAACAGAGGAAGACCUGAAAAAAGGAUGCCAGAAACUGGAAGAGAUGGUCACCCUCUUGGAUCAAGAAGUAGCUGAAGUUGACAAAAACAUAGAACUUUUGAAAAAGAAGGAUGAAGAACUCAGUUCUGCUCUGGAGAAGAUGGAAAAU